AGCGGAGCCAGAGUCGAGACCAGAGGCCGAACUCGGGAUCUGACAAGAUGGCCGGGCUGCCCCGCAGGAUUAUCAAGGAAACCCAGCGUUUGCUGGCAGAACCAGUUCCUGGCAUUAAAGCAGAACCAGAUGAGAGCAACGCCCGUUAUUUUCAUGUGGUCAUUGCUGGCCCUCAGGAUUCCCCCUUUGAGGGAGGGACUUUUAAGCUUGAACUAUUCCUACCAGAAGAAUACCCGAUGGCAGCCCCUAAAGUACGUUUCAUGACCAAAAUUUAUCAUCCUAAUGUAGACAAGUUGGGAAGAAUAUGUUUAGAUAUUUUGAAAGAUAAGUGGUCCCCAGCACUGCAGAUCCGCACAGUUCUGCUAUCGAUCUAGGCUUUGGUAAGUGCUCCCAAUCCGGAUGAUCCAUUAGCAAACGAUGUAGCAGAGCAGUGGAAGACCAACGAGGCCCAAGCCAUAGAAACAGCUAGAGCAUGGACUAGGCUGUAUGCCAUGAAUAAUAUUUAAAAUCGAUCUGAUCAUCAAGUGUGCAUCACUUAUCCUGUUCUGCCAAGACUUCUUCCUUUUUUGUUUGCAUUUAAUGGACACAGUCUUAGAAACAUUACAGAAUAAAAGCCCAGACAUCUUCAGUCCUUUGGUGAUUAAAUGCGCAUUAGCAAAUCUAUGUCUUGUCCUGAUUCACUGUUGUAAAGCAUGAGCAGAGGCUAGAAGUACCAUCUGGAUUAUUGUGAAACGUUUAAAAGCAGCGGCCCUUCUCUGCUUUUAUUCAUUUCCCCCAUCAAGGUUAAGCACUGUGAAUGAAGGUAGUUGUCAGGGUUAGCUGCAGGGGUUUGGGUGUUUUUCUUUAUUACUUUUUUGAGGGGGAGAGGUAGUUUUAUUUUAAUUUUAUGGGCUCCUUUCCCCCUUUUUAUGGUGAUCUAAUUGCAUUGGUUAAAAGCAGCUAACCAGUUCUUUAGAAUAUGCUCUCUAGCCAAGUCUAACUUUAUUUAGACACUGUAGAUGGACAAGCUUGAUUGUUUGAACCAAAAUGGGAACAUUAAACAAACAUCACAGCCCUCACUAAUAACAUUGUGACUUUGCUGUCAAGUGUAGAAUCCUUCCUUCAAGAAAAAGCUUGUGACCAUUUUGUAUGGCUUGUCUGGAAACUUCUGUAAAUC